GUAAUAAUGAACAUUUUUCAGGAAGGAGGCGGUCUUAGUAAGGAUAAACCCUUAGGCAAGAUUCAGCUGAACCCUCAGAAAAUUCGGAAAUUGAAACCAAUCGAUAAGAACAAAAUCAAGAAGAGAAAUGUAUUCUCCAAACAAAAAACGAAAGAUGAGAUUUUUGGGUGAAGGAAAAGCUCCAAUAAAUUUCAAAGGGUGCCGAGAAACAAGGCAUUUUCUCAAAGUCCUCGACCGUUACCACUAGGUGUUGACUCUACAGAUUGCCAGAGCCCGAUGAACCCAGGCUAUGUCUCUAAUCUGAGUGACUGAAGAGGCUCGGAUGUAUCUAAAAAAUUCUGUGAAAGUCCUGUACUUCGCCAGCAAAUGAAUGUCAUGGGUGAGAAUUACAAAAAGGAUCAAACCACUGAAGACAUUGAAAGAAUCGAAACUCUCACAUAUAUCCUGAACAAUAAAUAAAAUGAUUGAUGAAGCAAAGGUGAUGAACCAGAGCGACUUAAUAAAUUUCUUAAACCAUACGCAUCAAAUGAUUCGUACUUUUAAAGAGCAUCCUGGUAUUGGCUAUAUGGGAAAUGCGACUGUAACCCAAGGACAGAUGGACAAAUAAAAUCAUUAACCUGAAGAAAAUAAACACUCCAUCUCCAGUCAAACUACAAAAAGUGAAAGGUAAAAGGAAGGAAAAUGAACUGAAAAAAUUGAUAAAAAUGGAAGAAAUUAAACCGAUGAAAAGGGUAAAAAGCCCAGAUGUGCUCAUCAGGAAGAAGAAGGCUCCGAAGAGAAAUCUAUCAAAUAUGGUAACACUUAAUGCUACCCACAACAAUUCUCGCAUGAAGGCAACUCCGAACGCUGUGAAGCAGAAAAGAUCAAGGAUGAAGAAUAAAAGCGGUUUUGACAUCUUCAAUGAAUUCUCGAUUAAGAAGAAGUCGAAGGUACAGAAAUUGGACAAAAUGAUGAAGAAACUCACAGUAAAAUUCAAAUCAAAAAUGACUUUUGAUGAUAAAGUUAUAGCAGGACUGCAAUCUAAAAUUAAGAACUUGACUAAGAAAGCAGAGGGACACAAUUUAGCUCCAAAGUUGAGACUUGAUACUAUCAAAAGGACCAGCCAGAGACCUCAUAAUAAAAAACUAAUGAAGAUUAGUCCAAGUAAGUUGAGUAAGAGAAAGUCUCCAGAUUCAACGAAAAAUAACAAAAUUCUGAAUAAAAAAUUUUCAGCAAGAAAAUUAUCUGAGAAAGAUACAGGGUGUAAAAUGUUUCAGUCUCUGAAUCAGUCUAACGAUGAAUCAGCCAUUUCAAAGGAGUCAAAUGAGAAGUCUAAAAAUUCUCCUGAAUUUGGGACAAGUCAAGAUUCGUCUAGAAAGAACAUUAAGAAGUUUAAACAGAGAUCUUCAACAUUGAAGACGAAUCAGUUUGAGAAGUUUCAAAUAAAGAUAAGCAAACCUGAUGAGGAGACUUCUAUCUCUAAGUUCAAGCCUCGGAGGAGUAAGACGAAGAUUACACUCUCACCCUCAGCUAUGAAGUCAAGGAGUGUACCUAAGAAGUCUAAUUCAUCUGCUAAUGUCCGUUCUAACUCAGCGAAGGGAAAUACUUUGGGAGUGGUGAAAAAUAUGAAGAAGAAGAUCAAGAAGAAAGGUAGUUUUAGACCAAAUAUGAAUGGUCAAGAAGAGAUUAAGGUGAUGAAGAAGUUCAAGCAUAGCUUGACUCAUACUUUUAUUGACCUGGAGUGUUUUGAUAUUGAAGAGAUAGAAGAAGAGUCAUCCUCUUCUUCCCAAACCUCUAUGAGUUCGGUUUCCCAACAGAACACAACUAGAGGACCUGCCAUGAAUACAUUGGUGAAGGAACAUAGCGCUCCAGUGAGAUUGAGAUAAUAGAAGGACCCAUUUUUCAAGUAAUUUUGUACUUCAAUAUUAUAU